AUGGAGGUCACUGAGGAGGAGAUGCAAUCGUCCAAGUCUCGCACCUGCAUUGCUGUUGGAGUCAACGACACAUAUUUCCAGGCCUUCUUGAGUGUCUCUGGUCUGGAGAAGGUGACCGUCACAUUCCGCGAAAAGUUUCACUGCGUCUUCUCUACUGCAACCCAUGAACGACUCAUCUGCACUAUUUUUUCAACUGGGCCACCUGUGCAACUACUUCCAUUUGCUUUUGCUAUCUAUGUGCAGCCUGGCCUGCCUAGCCGCAAACGGUCAUGCUCACCACUGCCUCCCUUGCGCCGAAGGUCACCGCGCCGAUCUCCACGCCGUUCUCCACGUCGGUCACCUCGUCGGUCUCCACGCCGGUCACCACGUCAUUCUCCACACCGGCCACGGUCUCCACUGCGAGAACAGUGGGGAAGUGGGCCGCCGCGAAAGCGUUCACCAGAUGUGUUUGGUGACCGCGGCUUGUCCAGAGAUUCAUUUUCACAGAGCCAGGCAGUGCCUGGUGCGUUUCCCAGUGGCCUCUCUGCUGCCCAGGCAGGACUCCUGGAAGACUACACGGAACGCCGUGGUGGUGUUGGGGUGAGUCCAAGUGCAAGCACGGUGGCGGCCACUCUGGAGACCAUGAUCCAGCUCCAGCAGAAGCUGCUCUCCAUGACGGCUGCCCAGCAGCAACAGACAGCAUCGGCUGGCCUGACGGGAGCCACCACCAGCACAACGGCCACUGGGGGCAUGCCACCUUCAGUCGGCGCUUACCGAUCCAACGAGUUCUCACCCUCGUCUGGCAUGGACCUGCAGAAGAGCUUGCAGCAGCUGAGGCAAAGCCAGCGCUACAAUGUGGGCUCCACAACAACUUACAGUGGCACGGCCUCUGUGGGAGCCCAGCACAUGCAGCAGCACGUGGCACCUUUUGGAAGUGGUUCCACCAUGGCCCCACUGCGAGACACUGGUUCCAGCUACCAGAGUAGCACGUUGGAUGUGUACUCCAGCAAGAAGGGGCCUCCCUAUGGAGCGCCGCACCCGUGA